ACGGCCCCCCACCCACUGCCACCCACAGCCCCUGUGUGUGUGUUUGGGGUCCCCCCAGCCCCUCUGUGUGUGUUUGGGGUCUUUCCAGGGUCUGCCCAUUUCCCGUGUGUGUGUUUGGGGUCCCCCAAGGUCCCCCCAUUCUGUGUGUGUGUGUUUGGGGUCCCCCUGGGCCCCCCCAGUCUCCCAUCACUGCCCCCCCCAGCUGUUCCUGCGCUGCCGCUCCUGGCGCAGCCUCAGCUCCGGCUCCGAGGGGGAGUCGCACCUGACGCGGGUCCUGCGGGAGAGGUUCCCCAGGGCCUCCUCCAUCAAGGUCGUGGACAUCUCAGGAGGCUGCGGGGCCAUGUACGAGAUCCACAUCGAGUCCGAGGAGUUCAGGGAGAAGAGGACGGUGCAGCAGCACCAGAUGGUCAACCAGGCCCUGAGUGAGGAGAUCAAGCACAUGCACGGGCUGCGCAUCUUCACCUCCACCCCCAAGCCCUGAGGCUGCUCCACACCAAUAAAAUGCUCCAGGGCUGCUCUGGCUCUGCCUCCCUGGAUAUAUAAACUUCA